ACAAAACAGCUGCAUGUCUUCUACAUAUCGUCAGUGCCUUAAUCUCACGAGAGAUGGCUGAGGGCUUUCAUCUCUAAAGCUUUGAAAAAGGAACUUUGCUGUCCUACUCUACUCAAUGGAUUUUGACUGACUGAAGAAAUCUCUCCAGACACUUGAAAUGGAUAAGAAAAACAAAAUACCGAAUCUCAUCUUUUUCAUCUUUUCUCUAAUUCUCUUCAUUAACCAUGUUUCAGGAAUGGAUGUCCGCCAGCCUGUCAAACUGGAAGUCAAUAUUUCCGAUGGGGAGGUAAUAGUAUUUUGGGAACAUCCCGUGGACAUCCCCACAGAAUUUGGGUACAAUGUAGAAAUGACAAGAUACCAAAGUAAUGACUGGACCCCAGUAUCUGGCUGUUCGAUGACCAGAAACCACUUCUGUGUUCUCACUAGUCUUAUAGAUGAUUAUGGAAGUGGCUACAAGGUACGGGUUCAGUUGGUCACAGGAACCCAAGUGUCAGCAUGGAUCUACAAGAAAUUUCUCCCCAAUAGAAGCGGCCUGCUGCCUCCAGCCUUCAGUUUGUGGGCUACUUCCAGCACCCUGACAGUUAAAGUUCAUGAAAAACCCAUUCUGAAAAAAUUAUUUCCUUUCGGAGUCAUCUACACCAUCUAUUUGGAGGAACUAGGCCAAGAUAAUAAGACUACCACAGCUUACCUGAGAGAUGAAGGAGAGGAAGAACAAAGGAAAUUGAUUUUCACUGCUCUCCACUGGGGGAGAGAGUACUGCGUCGGCAUUGAGGUAGAAGGCACUGGAUCUCUCUCCAAAAGCAGUAUGUCCCCGCAACAGUGUCUGCACCUCCCAGAGCAAGAAUGGUUCAUUGUUGCUGCCUCAUCCCUAUCUCUUCUGGGUGCCAUAGCAGUGGUUGCUAUUAUGGGAAGCAUCCUUUUGUGUUAUCUGAGACGUCCAGCAAAAACACCCGCUGCACUGAAAUCCCCAGUAGGAGCGUGGCUUCCGCUCUCUGUCACUGAAGAAACAAUGGAGGUGGUUACAGACAAAGGAUGGUUUCUGUACAGUUAUGGACCAGCGGUGAAGAACUCUUUCAACCUCCCAGUGACCCAUGUUACAAUAACAGAAGACUCUGAAGAAGACAGGAGAACCAGCAUGGACAGUGGAGUCAACAUUGAGUCAAACUCCACCACAGACAACGGAACAACUCCUCCAAUGAGACAAGAGGACAGUGGCUGUGGGAGCAUGGGGGGACCAGAGAGCUCAACUAGCAGCCAGGUAGAUUACACCCUGAAGGAUGAGAGGACUGAACAUGAUGAAGUCAUUGUCAGGAAAAGGGAAGACAGUGGUGUUGGCAUGGGUUGCCGGCUUGAGUCUUCUUCUAUAAACAUGGAUGAACAAGAAAGUGCACCUCUGAUGAAAUGUAUUGCUCUGCAAAGUUAUCGCAGCCAGAAUCCUUCUGUUGUCCAGAACCACGAAUGUGGUAAUGAAGACAUGUUUAAACAGUUACCAGCAGACUCCAUUUUGGCUGAAGUGGUGGCAGGAUACAGAGCUGGACCUCAGUCGUGUAUUUGUUCAGGAGCAGGUCAGUGUAGCUGGUGCCAUAAACAUAAUCAUUAUGGAACUGAAGCAACCAGACACUACAGAGCUGUGGGUGUUGAAAACGGACCACUGGGGAGCGAAAGCCAUUUAAUAGACUCUCAAAAUAGGGGAGGCACAUUAUCAGGUUAUUCUAGUGAACCACAUAUGGACAUGAUGAAUGAAUGCAAUGUUUCAGCAUUACAAAUGAGUCAGACUUUUCCACUGCUCACUUCUCUUCCUCUAGUCAAGUGCGGACAGGAUAUCAAUAUGAACAACUUGCCACUCUCUCUCUGUGACGUACAGCUGACAUCUGACUGAUAAACUGGGGAAUGUUUCAACACUAUUUAUAAAACCAUGCUGUCGCAGCCUGUCCUGCGAUUCACACAAACUGAAUCAUGACACUGAGGCACCAAUGUGUUAUGAAAUCUGAAGAAAAGGCGAGAAAAAUCUACUGCGGAAAGACAAUUGAUCUUGUAGGAUGUAACAAGUUGUUAUUGCUCAAAUGAAGGAAACAUAAGUUAGACUUCACAGCUGCUGACUGAUAACUGUUAUCCAAGUUCAUGGGAGCUUGGACUGACAGAGGAAAUGCAGUGAAAAUCUCACACGAGCCUGCCUCUCUUAGUUUGACAUACAACUGACUGACAUGCAGAUGCAAGAAGUGAAACUGGUGUGGGAAGCACUGAGAGGAAAUGGUUUGACAGCUUUGUGCUUUUGGACAUUUCAUGAUUUCACCUCUGCUGCUUUAAGUUUCCCAUUUACUGAGCUUUGUUAAAAGUUCUUGCUUGUGAAAGAAACCUCAUGAAAAAAAAAAUCAGA